UCGUUCGUGAUAACUGUCAGUUGGCGGACGCGCCGAGUUGUCUUUGCCUUUUGAAAAUUAAAAAGAAACUCAUUUCCCGCGUAUUUCGUGUAUUCGCAGUGAUCUGUUAGAUAGUUCUUUUUAAUUCUCCAACAAAAAUAAAAAUGGCGUCGGUGGAGACAAACAAGAACGGUGUAGCGCAUAAUGUAAUGACGAAAGCACCAUGGACGGACGAGCAAGGCAUCGCGAUGAAGGUAUACCAGGGUGUGAUGCUGGCCGUAGAGAUCUUCGUCCUCGCUAUCAAGAUGAACAUCACCUGGACGCUUGCCAUCAUACAGUUCUUCUUUCCACCGGAACCGAAGAAUGUCAAGGGAGAGAUUAUACUGAUAACAGGAGCAGGCCACGGCAUGGGACGAGAGAUGGCGCAGCGCUUCGGUAAGCUGGGCGGCGUCGUGGUAUGCGUUGACAUCAACCCCGCCGGCAACAAGGAGACUGUCGACAUGGUCAAGGGUCAAGAGGGGAAGGCAUAUGCUUAUCAAUGUGACGUCACAGACCGAGACGCGAUCAACGAGCUCGCAGAAAAGAUCCGACGCGAGAUCGGUGACGUCACUAUGUUGGUGAACAACGCAGGCAUCAUGCCCUGCAAGCCGCUGCUGCAGACCAGCGACAAGGAGAUACGCACUGUCUUCGACGUUAACGUGUUGGCACAGCUUUGGUUGAUCCAAGCUUUCCUGCCGCACAUGAUGGAAACCAACCACGGCCAUAUCGUAGCGAUGUCGUCCAUGGCUGGCGUGGUUGGUCUUCGCAACUUAGUCCCCUACUGCGGCACCAAGUACGCGGUCCGCGGCCUCAUGGAGGCCUUGCACGAGGAACUGCGCGAGGACAAAAGAGAUUUUAGUGGUAUCAAGCUGACGACGAUCUGUCCGUACAUCGUGGACACUGGUCUUUGCAAGAACCCUAAGAUCAAGUUUCCAUCGCUGAUGAAGAUCCUGUCGCCGCAGGAGGCGGCUGACAAUAUCGUGGAUGCCGUGCGUAGAAACUAUCAUGAGAUUACCAUACCAAGCUCUCUCUACUAUAUUAACCAGAUUUGUCGAACCAUGCCGCGAGCUGUGCCCCUACAUCUCAAAGACUUUCUGGAUUCCGGCCUUGAGGCACAUUAAUUUGAAUUAUUUAAGAAUUACUAUUUUGUGUAUUAUAAGUUUUAAAACUUGUAUAAAUGUUUAUUAAGUUAAAUAUAUCUGCAGGCCGAACUAAAAAAAAUAGAAGAAAAAAAUAAUAGCAAAAUAUCUAAUUAGGGUUUCAACGCUUUGAAAUAUUAACGUGUUUCAAAAUGAUUUAGAGACAAAAAUCUCUGGUAAUUAAAAAUGUUACUACUCGUAUUAUCUAUAAUUUAUUACGUAAAUAAAUUGUGUGAAAUAAUUAAAUUUAUCAAAUUGUGUAACAUUUUUUCCGUGUAAAGAUAAAAAAAAUUCUAUUGUAUUAGUUUACACGUAUUUUUAAUAAUUAAUUAAAUUAUGUAAUAUGAUGAAUAAUUUUACAUUUAUUUUUCUCAUUUACUUAUAAUUAGUACAAAAUUUUGACAAAAAUUUUUCGUUAUCCCAAAAUAUAAGUAGAUAUACCAUCGGUGUUGGAUUUUUU